GCCUGAGCGCCCCCGAUGGCCCGCGGCGCGGCGACCUGCGGGAGCGACGCGCGGCUGCUGCUGGGCCGGGACGCGGUGCGGCCGGCGCCCGCCCUGCUGGCCCCCGCCGUGCUGCUGGGCGCCGCGCUCGGCCUCGGCCUCGGCCUCUGGCUGGGCUGCCGCGCCGCCCGCCCGCGGCCUCGGCACCAGAAAGACGACACUCAGAGCCUACUCAAGAAUUUGGAGUCUAACGUACAGACCCCGUCGGAAACUGGCUCCCCAUCCCAGAGGAGGAAGAGAGAAGUGCCAACGUCCAAGGACGAGGAGGCUCUGGAUGAAUGUGACCCGUCUUUCAACAGCAAUAUCACAGCGUUUGCACUGAAGGCAAAAGUCGUCUAUCCCAUCAAUCAGAAGUUCCGGCCUCUGGCCGACGGUUCCUCCAACCCAUCUCUGCACGAAAACUUAAAGCAGGCAGUCUUGCCGAACCAGCCGGUGGAGGCGUCCCCUUCCAGCAGCCUGGGGAGCCUGAGCCAGGCUGAGAAGGACGACUGCAGCUCCUCGUCCAGCAUCCACUCAGCCACCAGCGACGACAGGUUCCUCGGCCGCACCUUCCUCCAGGCGAGCAGCUUCCCCGAGGCGCUGACCUGUGAGAGUGUGGACCUUGACUUGUGCAUCUACAACCUUCACUUGAAAGAUCUACUGCAUCUGGACGCAGCGCUGAGGCAGGAGAAGCACCUGAUGUUUAUUCACAUUUUUAAGAUGUGCCUCCUUGACCUUCUUCCUAAAAAGAAGUCUGAUGAUGAAUUAUACCAGAAAAUUCUUUCAAAACAAGAAAAUGACUUGGAAGAAUUGGAAAAGAGACUUCAAGUCAGACUCUCAAACACGGAGAUGCUGGGGGCUGGUGACUCAGAAUACAUCACCCUGGCAGACGUGGAAAAGAAAGAGCGGGAAUAUUCUGAGCAGCUAAUAGAUAACAUGGAAGCUUUCUGGAAACAGAUGGAAAACAUCCAGCACUUUCUUGUGGACCAAUUGAAGUGUUCCAGCACCAAAGCCCGACAGCUCCUGACGACUCUGACAGAAAGAAUGAUUGCAGCCGAAGGGCUCUUGCGUGACUCCCAGGAUUUGCAGGCUCUGGACACCCUGGAGAGAACAAUGGGGCGGGCGCACAUGGCCAAAACCAUUGAGUUCCUGAAGCUGCAAAUCCAGGAGGAGACCAAGUGCCGGCUGGCCGCCAUCUCCCGCGGCCUGGAGCUGCUGGCCGUCGAGGGCAAGCUCUCGGGGCGACAGAAGGAGGAGCUGCUGACCCAGCAGCACAAGGCCUUCUGGGAGGAGGCUGAGCGCUUCCGCCGAGACUUUGUCCAGCGAGGCAAAGACCUGGUCAAGGCCUCCCAGGUUCGCCAGGCGGAGAGGACGGAAAAGCUCACGCUGGCUCAAGAGGAGGAACGGAGGUGCUUCCUGGCCGAGUUGCCGCGGACCGCCGACCCUGAGGAGUUCCUGCAGGCUUUUCACGAGGUCCUGGAGAGGCAGAGGCUGGAGCAGAGUGGCCUGGAGGAGGACGAGAACGUCAGAGCCACGGAGGCCGCGGCCGCGCUCUGCCAGGAGCUGUACCGCAGCACCAUGGAAACGUUCCAGAAGUUCGUGGACGCCCUGUUCCUUCAGACGCUCCCCCGCAUGACCAACCUCUCCCAGGCAGAGUGUGAAUACCUGAGGCAGGAGGCCCAGGAGAACGCCGCCCGGCAGCUGGGGAAGUCGGAUCGCUUCCGGAAUCAGCAGUGGAAACUCUUCCAAGACCUCCUGGAGCAAGAGAAGCAGGUGUGGAUGGAGGAGCACACACUGUCCACUGUGCUGCAGGCACACCUGCGGGACGACCAUGAGAGCAUCAUCCACCGAGUCUUGGGCCACCUUGGCGGCCUCAGUGAAGAGUCCACGCAGUGCAUCCUGCAGGGGCGUGAGCUGCUCCUGCGCUCAGCAAUCCGGCGGCUGGCUCUCCGCGGCAGCGCCAUCACCACCCUGACCCAGAUGAGACUGUCCGGGAAGAAGACCCUUCUCCAGGAGCUGCGUGAACAGCACGCCCUGGAGCAGGGCUCCUCCCAGUGUCUGGACGAGCAUCAGUGGCAGCUGCUCAGAGCCUUGGAGGCGCGCGUCCUGGAGGAGGCCAGCAGGCUGGAGGAGGAGGCGCAGCAGGUGCGGCUGCAGCUUCAGCAGCAGCUCGUGGCCGAGGCCCAGGGGGUCGGGCAGCUCCUGCAGCAACACACAGAGCAAGCCAUCGGGCAGGCGCUGCUGGGGCACGCGAGGACCACGGCAUCCAGGAGCCGGGCCAAGGACACGGAUGGCUUCAAGGGAACACUGAUGGAGGCGGCGGCCGAGAGCGUCUACGUGACCAGCGCAGGCGUCGGCCAGCUCGUGCACGCGUAUUACCAGCAGAUUGGGAGGGCCAUGCAGGACCACGAGGAGAGGAAGCUGCAGCAUCUGAAGACCCUACAGGGGGAGAGGAUGGAAAAUUACAAGCUGCAGAAAAAGCAAGAACUCGGCAACGCUUCCUCAGGGGGCCAGAUGGCAGGUGGAGCUCAGGGAGCCUCCGGAGCCGUGCAUCGGAGGAUGCUGGCGCAGCAGAAAGGGUUCCUGGCCCAGUUCACGGUGCACCAGCGGAUCCGCCUGGACGCCCGGAAGCAGGAGGCGAGGGUUUUGGACCAUCUGGAAGCCCAGCUUGAGACCCAGCUACAGGAAGCUGAGCAGAGCUUCAUCUCAGAGCUGGCGGCCUUGGCCCGGGUGCCCCUUGCCGAGAGCAAACUAUUUGCAAACAAGCGCGGAUUGUCAGAGAAACCCCUAAAGACCAAAAGGAGGAAGCCGGCAUCCCGGGAGAGAGGGGACACUGGAGGGCCCAAGGACGAGGACCCUGCCUGCACAGGACCCUGCUCGGGAUCACUCAGCAGCAAAAGGCUCAGCCAGCAAGAAAGUGCAGUUGGGGAUGGUGAAAAUUCCAAGAAGAUGCUAAAGAGAAGAAGCAAUUUGUAGCUCACGGCUGGUGGGGGAAUGGAACCUGGAGACUGAGUCUGAACGCCGGCUGCCCCUCCCCCAGCUGGUGAAGGCAAACCUAGCCGCCCUGGGGGACGGUGGGGUCUCCCCUCUGCGCACGGGCUUGUUGUGCGGGGUGGAGAAUGGAUAUAAAAGUCCGAGAAAAGGCAUAAAUGAGUGUGGCGGACCCUCCCGCCUGUGUCAGUUAUAAACCACCGUGUUGGAAA